UGGGUAGACGUUUCCUGUGAACAAACAGCGGAACUUCAGAGAUGAAAAGCUAAAGUCAGUUUGUAGUGAAACAAAAACGCUGAUCUACAACACCAGUUAAGAAAUGACUCCAGUAACCUCCAUCAGACCGUCUCAUCGGGUUUUUUUACCCAUAGUUCUGGUGAUGUGUUUGGGAGCUACAUUCUACAUGUAUUACAGUCCAGUGAAGAGCUGGCUGAGAUGUUCUGAUGCUGGGGAUUUCCAAAACGCUGUUUGUUCGAAGGCAUGUCUUAAUGAGCUUGAGGUGGAGAUCCAUAAACAAAUGAUGAAGAACUGCACUGUUAACAAAACACUGGUUACAGGACAGGAACUGGCAACCCGGUUGCUCCAACCGGUUGAGGAACAUCCCGCAGAUCCAUCAGAAACCCUCGUCCUGCUCUGGCAUUGGCCUUUUGGCUUCAAGUUUGAUUUGGAAGCCUGCGAAUCACAGUACGGUAUUAAGGGCUGCCGUUUGACCCUUGACAGAAAUCUGUUGGAUAAAGCCCAUGGUGUAAUGUUCCACAUCAGAGACAUCAGGGGGGACUUACCGUACCUGAAGACGUUGUCCCGACCAGUGCUGCAGAAAUGGGUGUGGAUGAGCAUGGAGUCUCCAACCAACACCCCCCAACUGCCUGGAGCAGAAGACAUGUUCAACCUGACGUCCAGCUACCGGAGAGACUCGGACAUCUGGAUACCUUAUGGACGAUUGGUGGAAAUUUCUGAAGAGGACCAACCCUUCCAGAUCCCACCUAAAGACAAGCUGGUCUGCUGGAUCGUCAGCCACUGGGAGGACAAGCUCUGGAGAUCGGGCUACUUCAACGAAUUCAGCCAACACAUCAAAGUGGAGGGGUACGGAAACCACUUCGGAAGACAUAUUGACAAUAACGAUUUCUCUAAAAUUAUGUCCAGCUGCAAGUUCUACCUGUCGUUUGAGAACUCUAUUCAUCAAGACUACAUCUCCGAGAAAGUCUUCAACCCAAUGAUGGCCGGUACCGUUCCUGUGGUUCUCGGUCCUCCCAGGGAGAACUACGAGGAGUACCUACCAGCAGAUUCCUUCAUCCACAUUAACGACUUCAAAACAUCUAAAGAACUGGCAGAUUACCUCCUUCACCUGGACCAGAACCAGGAGAUGUAUGAACGGUUCUUCACCUGGAGAAAACACUUUGUUCCAACAGCUAGUAAUUUUGGACAGGAGCACGCCUGUUACGUUUGUGAUCAUUUAAAGAGAAACAAGAACUUCAGAGUGUUUAAAAAUGUAAACAAGUGGUACUUCAGUAGCUAACGAGUCUUCAGGUCGACAUCAAGCGAAUUUACAGUGAAGGAAAUAAUUAUUUGAUCCCAACUGAUAAAGACAUGAAGUUUAACAGUCAAUCAAAAGUAAAAUCCAGAAAAUCACAUUUUAUAAAUAAUAUACAUUUGUUUGAAUGUUGCAGAGAAAUAAGUAUUUGAUCCCCAACCAACCAGUAAGAGUUCUGGCUCCUACAGAGCAGUUAGAAGCUCCUAAUCGACUCGUUACCUGCAUUAAAGACAGCUGUCUUAAAUUCCUUUCUUACCUGUAUAAAAUACUCUUGUCCACAGACUCAAUUAAUCAGUCAGAUUCUAACCUUUACAACACAGGUAAGACCAAAGAGCUUUCUAAGGAUGUCAGGAACAAGAUCAUAGAUCUGAGCUACAAAACCAUAAGUAAGAUGCUGAGGUGAGAAGGAGACAACCGCUAGUAAGAAAAUGUAAGAUAUCGAUAUUGAUCUGGGGCUCCAUGCUAAAUCUCACCUCAUGGGGUAUCCUUGAUUAUUAGGAAGCUGAUCAGCCUAAAACUACACAGGGGGAACUUGUUAAUUAUCUCAAGGUAGCUGGGACCACAGUCACCAAGAAAACCAUUGGUAACACAUUAUGCCGCAAUGGAUUAAAAUCCUGCAGUGCCCACAUAUACAGACCUGUCUGAAGUUUGGUAAUGACCCCCUGGAUGAUUCUGAAAGAGAUCGGGAGAAGGUGCUGUGUUCAGGUGAGAAAAAAAAGAGCUUUUUGGCAUUAAAUCAACUUGCUGUGUUUGGAAAAGGGAAAUGCUGACUAUGACCCAAAGAACAUAUAUAUCUCCCACAGAGUUAAAAUUAACUCUUAAAAUUAUAGACUAUUCAUGUCUUUAUCAAUAGGCAAACUUACAAAAUAUUUUCUUCACUGUACAACUUUUGCCAAAUUAGUAACACAAUUCAAAAAAUUGUACUUUAAAACAACAAACAUAUAUGCCCUGAAUAUUGCACAGUAAUGUUUGCACUGUUAGCUGCACUUAAAAUGUUUUAAUUUUCCCAAAAAUCCUCCUUAUAAUCCGGUGCUCCUUAUGUAUGAAUUCUAUCAGUCAGGUAUUAAGGAGCAGUAAAGACACUCCACUGAAGUACAGAGUUAUACAGGAGUUUCAGUUUAGUUCUCCAGCACCCAGACUGGAGCAGUGUUCGCAUUAGCCGCUAACCGCUAUUUCUCCAUUGAGUGGUGAGUAUAAUUAACCUGUAGCCCGCUACUAACCUUGGCUAGCACUGCUGGAGCAGUAUUUGCAUUAAUUGCUAACCACGCUAACCGCUAGCUAAAAUCGCCCUGGUUUACCGGAACACUCAGUGUUCCUAAGUGUAGCGCUGUUAGGUGACUUUAUCCGCAAGCCCUAGAGGUUAGCCGCUAAUGCUUCAGCCUUAGUGCUGGAGAAAUUUGGGAAUCUACGCUUCUGUAGAUAAAUGGAAGUGCUUUAAUCACCCAAACAAACAGUUUCAGGAGAGAAAUCUGUGUAGAUUAACAUCCAGCACUCCUUUAACUAUAAAAUAAAAUGUUUUGUUUACUUAGCUUAGCUUAAUUUUACAGACCUGCUGAAUUAGAAGGAAAACAUGGCCAAACCCCUUUGCCUUACCAGUGUCUCAUAAUGCGCUUUAUAAUAUAGUGCGAAAAAUACGGUACUCUCCGUCUGUGGUUGGUCAGUACCUCAGGGCGUAUGUUAGGGCCAGUGGCGGUGACACUGUUGAAAGUACACUGCUGAAAAAAUGAAGGGAACACUUCACAAUUAUUACAGUAUAGUUAAGUCAGCUCUGGUGUAAAUACUAGUGAUACAGGUGAACUGAAGAGGUUUUAUCAUGUGGAGCUACAGGUGUGUUUCCUUAAACGUUUGUGAGCAGUGUAUACCGAUUAUAUUGUAUUUUUUACAUAAUAACUGACCUGCCCAGAAACAGUAUUGUUUAUGUUAGAAAAGUGUUUGUAAGGAGUUUUUCUACUUUUAUGAAGUUUUUAUUUUUAUGAAGUUUCACUAGAGAUAAAUAGGGGGGAUAAGGGUCCUAUGAGAAUAAAAAGCUUCACUUUAUAAAUAUUUAGAAUUAGAUAAAUUGUCCACAGCAGCAAGUUUGUGUUAGAUACAGAUAUAAUAUUAUUUAUUAUUUAAUAAAUCCAUCCUCUAAGAAAAGGCUCAGAAAAAAGUAAACAGAUAAAAAGGUUAUUUCCAGUAGCCGGUCCACCUUUAAAAGUAUAAAAUACAGAUCAGAACUGCCCAAUAUUCUGUCUCUUAUGUUAUGGCUCAUUUUUAAGAAUUUAUACAAAAACAAAAAAAUAGAAACACAUUUAAGGGUCUGAGGUUCACUGUUUCUGAAACCAGCCUUUGUCUCAUUUUGUACGUUUUCUAAUGUCAUUUCUUUUAAAUAAAACAUUGAAUGUUUCAA